AUGAUGGAACUGACGACGGCUGCCAUCUCAGUGCCACCCCCCGAUAAUAGGUACAUUGACUGAAGAUAUUCCGUCAACCUCCUUCUCUUCUCUCUUGCCAGUUACUCUUGGAAUUUGGCGGAUAUGCUGUCCAUAUCUAAUGACUUGGCUUCUUUAAGACUCCGCAGCUCCCUUUCCACAACAGCCGCUAGAUUAAAAAUGGGGUUUCGGAGUACAUACAUUGUAACGGACACUUAUCCGGAAUCGUCAGGAGGAGAUGAUACAACUACGGGUGCAAUAUAAGUCAAUAAUUACCUGUAUUCGGCAGCUAUUCAAACUCUAGGAUCUCAACAUCCUGAGGCUUCUGUGAAAAUUCGACCGAUGAACAUUGACUGUAUGUUCUAAUAGGUUCGUUCAGAAAUGUGGCAAACUGGUCGUGCUCGAGUCGCUAUAUAUACAGCAUCUUCCGCGUGACACCCAAGUAGGCGAUCUGCAUACCGCCAUUUACAACUUAAAAACAGUUAACCACACUGAUGGGAGGGUCAUUUACCUCUUUUUGGUAGUGCCUCACUCUGUAAUCGCAAUGAUCCGUCGUCGCGCCGGUGUGCCCUAAAAGUGCAUACGUUCUGAAGUGGGGUUGGUCUAUGAUAAAACAUACGGUGGUUGUAGUUACUUAUACGAAACGACAUACCUGUUGCAUUAACAGUAGCUAUUGUGGUCUACCACUUGUCGAACAUAUGAGAAAUCAGGUACGUCGCAAACUAGAAUGGCUAAGUCGCUUUUCACUUCGUCCUUCAUCUGCGGAACCCUCGGGUCAUUCGUUAGGAAGCCUAUCCAUUCGUCAAAGGAGUCGCCCAGCGAAACUCCUAAGGAUUCAGCCCUAGAGAACUAGCGAACAUUAGAAAAUUGAGAUUUGUUUGACAACCAAGUGGCAAACACGAGCAAGAAUUGCUCACGGAAAUUGAUCCGACCUCUUAAAAUCUUCAUGUCAUCAGUAUGCACUUGAACGCGAAUUUCGGGAAUACUUGUUGCACGGCAACCGUGCAGUUCCUUGAGAUGAUCACAUCCAAGGCGUACACACAUGCAAGUCCCAUUUUUCAGGGGCUUGAUCCCGCAAACUCGGAGCAUUAGCAACAGCCCCGUUGAGUACCUGAUGAUGGAUGGGGUGCAUCGUGCGCAACAGCACCUUCAGUAGGGCUAAUAGCACUUUGCCUCUAAGCAGGGAUCAUGCAAAUCAGACAGAAGACUUCGAGUUGCAUUCGCACUUUGAUAUUUUCCUGUUCUACACGCUGUAGUAAAUUACACACAUUAAAUAACUAACUGUAGAUACUUAGAGUCUAGGUUCCGGCAUUACCAGUUCAAUUAACUGGUUCACCACUGACGACGUAGACACGAUAAGACGUGUGCUUUUUCUUCUCUGACACACGGGAUUCGGUUAUAAAUGGUACUCCAAGGAAAUGUGCAAUACCAACGAUUUAAAAUUACUUCUAGUAGACACGACCAUGAUGUCACGCAUAAUUCUGAUAAAAAGGGUAAUUCUAAGCCUAAGAACCGACGGCAACAUUCUUAUAAAUACCUAAACCCCCAACAGCAAUGUUAGGUGCCCAGCGUCUAGAAGAGAUUCAGGCUCCAGAUGACACAACCCUGGGGCACAGCGAUGCUAUCCGCGGAACGCCAGCCAGUCAACACUCCUGGACGUCCUCGGACAUACACGUCGUCAGCACUAGGAUUGGUUUAACGACAACGACACAGACAUCAGCAACCUACUCGCCAAAAAUAACGCUGCGCAAAACCUAUCCGGACCGCUGGGACUGAUGCAAGCAGGGCGACCUUCUCAGGCCUUGUACAGUAAUGGCUGCGAGAGAUGUAGGACGCCCUGACGGAUCGCGAGGCUGAGGAGAGCCAAGGGCACGCGAAUUGCAAUGAAACGAGGAUAUUCGUAUUAAUCAGGACGGCUUACGGCCGCGGCGCCAAAAGGAACCGCGCUGCUACUCAGCCCCAACGGAACACUCCUUACGGUGAAAUCUUAUGUAUUUCAGCGCCGGGGUAGACACUCCAGAAGCGGCCUCGAGCUCCCACCAACAAUCUCCGAGGCUGCCAUCGACCGGUCCUUUCCAGUGGAGACUAACAACGACCUGGACCUCUUCCCUUUACUCAUAGAAACAAUCAGAGCCGUGCAACGGCUCUCAGGUGGAAAAACGCGGAGAUCUUACGUAAUCUCGGCCGACUUCUACAAGUACGGCGAUCCCCGGCUGAAUAAACUCACAUUGCUGUUACAAGACAUGUGGCAGCAAUAACAAGUCCCUAGGAUUUCAAGUAUGGUGAUAUCUCGGAAACAUCGCCGCUCAAGUUGCUGGGAAGGUCUUCACCCGCAUCCUUCUCAAUCGUCCCAACGGUUAUCUGGAACACCUCUCUCCCAGAGAGUCAAUGUGAUCUCUGGCGACACCGUGGAACAACCGACACAAUAUUGGCGGCCCGGCAACUGCAAGAAAAGUGUCAGGAGAUGCAAACAAACCUCUAUAGUAGAUGUGUUAACUCCUGUAAUGUUUACCGAAAUUCUGAAAUGCGUUUUGGUCCCGAAAAGAUUAGCUAAGUAGGGUUGUGACAGUAACUAUCGUGCAGCAUAAUCCCAAAAUAUUUCGGUUGCCCCGGGAUGCCAGCCUUCGAGUGAAAUUCUUUUCAGUUGCGCGCGGAUACUAUGUCUUGAAAAAAGUGACUGCUUAAGUAGUAUGAAUUUUUCUUCUCGUUGAUUCUCAGUGCCCUUAUACAUUCAAAUAUGUUUCCAAGAAAACACGUGUAUAAAUAUUCAUUCUUCUGCUCAUUUGGUAGAAAAUUACGCCUUCUUUAAAUUUUAUGCUUGAUGGAAGGGUAUAAUUCAGUUUUAAAAGGUUUCCAAUUAUAAAAUAUUUUAGGACCGUGCAAUGCUCUUUCAUAGGACGUCUUGUCUCUGCAUUUACCAAUGUUGCUUGUAAAGUUUACAAUAUGGCUGAAAUCCACUGCUAAAUUUUACGAACCCCAGCUGGUCUUCUCGUAAUAGUUAUAGAAAUGUAUGAUCUUCCGUACACGGAAAAUAUACAGCUUGUAGUUUGGAGACCCUGAAUGCAAGUGUAACUGCGGGUCGGACUCAAAAUUAUUUGGGGGUUGGGGAAAAUUAUUAAGAAAAUGUGAAGACGUAAUUUUCUACCAAAUGAGCAAAUGAAUGUAUAUUUUUAUGCGUGUUUUUCAUAAAAUAUAUAUAAAUUUCAAAGGGCAUCCAAAACCAAUGGGAAAAAUUCAUACUACUGAAGUGGUCGCCUUUCGCAGUUUAGUUUUUGCCGGUGGCCAAAAAGAAGUUCUUCAAAGGCGGCAUCCCGAUGUACCUGAAUUAUUAAGGGGGUUAUGCUGAACAGUGAUUGAUAUUACGACCAUGCUUAAGUACCAUUUUCGAGUCGUAAACGCAUUUCAGAAAUUCGGUUAACAUUUAAUGAGUUAGCACACCUACUAGGAGGUGUGCAGCUGUACAUUUUCUUCGUAGAUUCUAACAAAACAUGAAAAAAUUUGGUUUCAAUGAACGAUUCACGCACAUGGUGCGUCAGACCCACUACUGGAUGAUGGCGAGUGUCACAAUGGAACAGUUUCGGGAGCAUUCGCAGUGACUAAUGGAGUGAAGCCAAGUUGCGUACUCACUCUCACCCUCUUCAGUCUCGUCUUCUAUCAUGCUACUGCAGGUCUACCGUAGUGAGCACCCUGGGGUCAAUAGCGCCUUCAGGACCGACGCUGGCUUCUCAACAUCCGACGAAUGAAAGCAUCCACUCGGACACCAACACAUCAACACCUUCUGCAGCUGUCACGGCACACCCAGCACAAACACAUAAAAUACAAGACGACAACAACCAGCGAAGCAACGAUAAAAAAUCAGAGGAAAAAAAGAAAUCGUGCAGCAAAAAGGUCGAAGGACAUGAACAGCAGAUUCCGAGGAAUGCCUCCGAAGAACCGGAACCAGGGACGUCGGCGUCCGUGUCGCCCAUCACGGGAAAUGACAUGGGUCCUAAAACCCUCAACCUAUCGCAAAAAACUUCCGACUUUGAUGAAAAUGCCAACAAAACAGAGACGAAUGAGGAUAUUAAUCGACUGCAGCUUAUAUCCUCGUCAGAUCAUGGCAACCACAUAUUGCCUAUGUCGGAGCACGAAACCACUGUGUUCUCGAGAGUGUCGCCGGUCAGAGGACAAUGUCUGAUUAUUCAGGGACUUCCCGAAUCCACAGCUGGUGCCUCCAAAGAGCGGGUCUCGGCAGACCUGAAACUCUUCCAAUGCCUACUCAACGAGCUUCUGCGCCCCAAUGAGGAAGUUUCGGUUCUCAAGGCCUUUAGGCUUGGAAAGCGCUCAAUCGAUAUAUCAGAGCACUCACGUCCCCGACCACUCAAGAUUGUGUUAGCCAACCAAGAACAAGUAGGACUUAUUCUCUCACGACGUUUCCGAAUCAAAGACACCAACCGCGGCGUUUUUUUGCAGCCGGACUACACACCGGCAGAGAGAAUAAAACGUCGACAAUUGGUUCUGGAACUGAGAACAAGGUUGCAGAAUGGCGAGACGGAUCUUGUGAUCUACAACAACCAGAUAGUGCAGCGCCCUCCCCUAAUCCGUUGGACCGAACCGAUCCGGAUGAGGGCACAGUAG